UAGUUGAUACGAAUGACGUUUUAUGAAUAUUCCUGUUUCUUUUCAGGAUACCAGACGAACAUCAAUGGUGGAGAAACAGACGCCGACAACAUGUUAAAAUGUUAGAUUGACACAGUGAAAAUAAUGACACUGCAGUAUCGAUUGGUUUAUGAACUAUAAAUACCUGUAUACACAUAGUAGGAUUCGCCAGUCACUUAAACAACAUAUAUUAGUUUACGUGGUACAAUAGUUGGACAAUUUCCUGCACUAUAUGGAGAGAAAAGUUCAUGAUAUUGUAAAAUGAAGCUGACAGAACCAGACCGAGGCUGGUCUUGGAUGGUACUCGGGGCAUCGUUUGGAGUCAUGGUCAUCAAUGGCUGCCUCGGACAAGGCAUCGGGGUGGUACAUCUCGCCCUCCUCGAAAACUUCAAUGAGGAUAGCACGAGGACAGCGUUGGCUGGAUCUCUGUUUGCAGCAACACAAUCAUGUGGAGGUGUGUUUGCUGGUUUUAUCAUUAAGAAGUACAGUUGCCGGGCAGCAACUAUAGCUGGCUCACUGGUGAUGACCGCGGGGUUUCUUUGCUGCGUCUUCAUCAACACUCUCGACUUAGUGAUACUGUUUUACGGGGGAAUAGUAGGCGCUGGUGCUGGAUUGACAUACACGACCGGAAUAAUCGUGAUCGGGUUCAACUUUGAGAAGAGGCUUAACCUUGCUAGUGGCUUAGCCCUGUCUGGUAUAGGUAUGGGCGUAAUGUGUCUCUCCCCGGUCGUCCAGGAGAUGAGGGAAAUGUUCGGAAAUAAAGGUUUUUUCUUCAUCCUCGCCGGCAUUUCUUUACACCUUUGCAUAUUUGGCACAUUAUACUUUCCAUCAGUAUUAGAGAAAAGAACGAAAGUUACUGGCAGUCUGGAUAUGGAGGAAAGGACAUCAGAUGAGAUAUGUCCGAUCAAUGUAGAUAAGGAUGACAUAGCAAUGAGCCAGGAUAGAACUCUGGAAGCAGACACUCCAUUAGGUACAAUGACUGAACCAAAAUCAGUCAUAUUUCAAAUAACCAAUGUCUGCAGAAAUUUUCCAUUUGUUAUGAUAUGCUGUUGUCUGUUUUUCGCCCAUUUUGGGAUAUAUAUAAUGUUUUUGAAUUUGCCGAUCUAUGCUGUCAUAAAUGGUGCUGAAGCACAUAAGGGAUCGAUCCUCAUCUCCGUCUCAGGUAUGAGUUCAAUAUUAGGAAGAUUGCUCACCGGCCUGACCACAAAUGGAAACGACGUGGAUGUAGCAUUGCUGCUGUUCGGAACACUCUCAGUGUUGGGUGUAUCAAACAUAUGUUUGCCUCUCUAUGGACAUUCUUACGAGGGGCAAGUCAUGUAUUCUGUUUUUCUAGGUUUAUAUAGUGGGAGCUGUUUUCCCUUGCUCAAUGGACUGAGUUUACGACUGGUUGGAUUACCAUACCUUGCUACAGCGGUGAGCGUCGAGAUGUUCUCUGUAGGACUAGGGAUAUUGUGCGGCCCUCCGUGUGCAGGUCAGUAUAUUUGUGGUUACUGUCAAUCAUUGCAUCCUUGUCCAUUUUUACGGGAACGCAAAUGUAGGAUUGUUUGGUAUAAAGGAUACGGAUGAAUUCAUUUUGUGAGAUACUUGUGUG